AUGUCCCAAGCUUGCUCCCCCUCCUCCCUCCUCCUGCUGCUUCUACUCCUCCUCGCGCGUGCCGCAGGAGCUGACGCAGAUGACGCGGCCUGCAGCGGCGCGUUCCACCCCGGUCAGGAAAACUUCGUGCUGGACGCGGAGGACGCGGUAAAGGAGGGAGCGGUACUUCUGGCCACCGCGCCCGUCAGCUCCGGGGAGGCCUGUGAGCGCGCGUGCUGCGAGGACCCGCGAUGCAACCUGGCGCUGCUGGAGCCGCGCAGGGACGGAGCGACAGACCGCACAUGCGUCACAUUCAACUGCGUGCACAGAAACCGCUUCGUGUGCAGAUUCGUUAACCAGGUCGGGUACCAGAGCUUCAUCAGACUGGCCGUGUUCCGGAAACACCUACAGGGACCACAGGGGUCAGGUGAGUCCACACCCGGACUUAAAUGGAUCUUCCGGCGGAAAAUUAAUUUAGGGCCAAACACACCUUAACACCGAGUUGGAGACCCUCUAUAGCCACAAUAAUGCUCAGAACAGCACCUAACAUCAUCAACAGUACAUAAAGGGUCCGAGCCAUAGCACUAGCCAUCAAACAUCCUUUUAACUUUUCCUAAUUUCUGUAGCAAAGAGACUAAACACAACUCACCUACUCUCUUCCAGCAGAUGUUUGUUAGUAGCAAGACCUGGGGCCGGUCCAUUACGGACUGCUGCGGGGUGAGGCAGCUCAAGCAAGAACAUUUAUGAUUAUUACUUCAUAGAAAUGCAAUCAAACGGAGACACUAAGGCAGAAGAACUACCGGUUCUGUAGUGCAAAACGAUUAAUAUGGUGAUUAUUACUUCAAGGAAAUGAUUUUAAAAAAUGAUCAUAAAUGUUCUUCCUCGAGCUAUGACACCCCGCUGUGGUCCAUAAUGGACUUGCCCCAGGUCUACAAACAAGCAGCUGCUGGAAGAGAGUAGGUGAGUUGUGUUUGGUCUCUUUGCUAAAGAGAUUAGGCAAAGUUAAAAAGAUGCUUGUUGGUUAGUGUUAUGGCUGGGACCCUAUAUGUACUGUUGAUGAAGUUAGGUGCUGAUCUGAGCACUAUUUGUGGCUAUUUGGUUGAGGUUUGUUUAUGGUUCCUCAGACCACUGUGUAUUGCUAUCGUGCGGUCGUUACAAAAGUUGGUAUAACUAGAGAAGCAAGGAGUCGGCAACAUUCAUCUCUGAAGGGGGUGUCUAACUCGGUGUUAGGGUGUGUUUGAUCCUAAAUUAAUUUUAUGCCGGAAUAUCCCUUUAACGUUACAGAAAAAAUAUGCUCAUCAUAUUUGGAUGGGGUCUGUAGAGGUCUACAAUCUGCACUUGGGUCACUUAAUGUAUCAGCUCCACAUCUUAAAAUGUUAAAAGUCCAUGUUACACAAACUGAUAAGGCACUUAACAGUUUUAUGGCUGUCAUUUGAUAAAGGAAAAAUCCAUAGGAUAUGAUAGAAUCAAAUCAGACACAUCAUUUCAUAAACAUUUUCUGUUUAAUGUCAACAUAAUGUCACAUGGCUGCAGGGACAGGUUUUUAUAGAAAGAUUUCCCAUCCUUUAGUUUGUCAUAAUAAAAUCCUCCCUGUGUUGUUGCACAGCACUGUUAUUAGCACAAUGAGUGGAUGACUCACCUUUGUCCACUCUGCACACAGUUUGCACAUUUAUUGCUCAAACACAGUCUUCAAUGAGCAAACACAAGCAAGCUGCUUCUCAGAGUGAUCAAAGAGGAAUAAUGUGUGAUUAUGUGGGGUCAAAAUGAUCAAAAUCUAGUUUCUAACUGAUAAACAUGAAUCUGAAAGCCCGUCUGGAGACUUCAAAUUUUAUAUUUAUCUAUGAUAAAGAGAUUUGUUAAUCUCUAUGAAAUAUAAUAUGAAAAAACAAAAUACAGUAUCUGAAGACUUCUGAAAUUGUUCGGCAUUUGUUCACUUACAACAAGCCUUUUAUAUCUAUACAAGCAAGGGGUCCUCUCCUAGUAGGUUGCCAUGUUUCUACAGUAGCCCAGAGCGGACAAACUAGUAACAAAAAAUGUGUUUUUGUUGUUGUGGGUGUAAAAUAAUUUGUAUUACACAUUUGUAUGGUAAAAUCUAAGUUAUCAGGCAUCUGAGGAGCUUUUUGAUCUUUGAGGCCACUGUUGUUUCAGUGAAGAGAGGGGUGAGCAAGGGGGCAAUUCAAUCUGGAAUCUGACUACAAUUUUUUCAGAAGAUUGUCCCUUCUCUGCACACUGUGCCUUCAAACAGGACUCUCACACAGAGUGUACCAAUGGCAGCAAACCUGAAUAUGCUUUUAUUGUAAAACCGGAAGUCAAACUAUCCUUAUCUUUCAAAGUGGCAAAGUUUUUACAGAUUAGGCUCCUCUUAUAGUUAUUGUCAGACUUCUUUGUGUCAGUCUGGGUCACUCGAGUUGUUUAGCAUGAUUGCAGCUCAAAAACUCAAUGUCUCAUGUCACUAUGUCCUAUGCCCAAGUCUGUUAAAAAACCUUUUCCAGCACUACUCAGUCUUUGACUGAAAGACCUUAUAAAGCUGCUUUUUCUACAGAUACAAAUUAGACACGGAUUGCGGGUGCUACUUUUUACACAGCACUGUAGUCUUGAAACUGCAUUAAAGUUAUGUAUUUACAGAAACACUUUACCUGAGAUGGAUUUAUGUAGGAUGUUAUCCAGAGUCUCUCUCCUCUCCUCUGUAUGUAUCAGUUCCUUGGCCUUUGGAAAGUACAAACCCCUGAACAGGGACUUUUCAAGAACUACAUUUAGACCCUUGUUCCUUCAGCUCAAACACACACAGUUCCUUGUAAGGUAUCAAGUUUCUGGAGAAAGUUCCUGCAGUAGAAAAGCUGUUAGAACACUUAAUUCCUGAUAUUCAUCCAAACACAGGAUCUCACUGUUUGCAAACAUCACCUCUGUGUGUCUCCAGGGGAGCAGGCUCCGCCCAUCGCCAUUGCAGGUCGUGAUGUUGUCGUUCAGCCUGGACAGACGGUAACGCUGAAUGGCCACGAGAGUCUGGCGCUUGGUGAUGCCCUAAUCGAGCGGUACAGCUGGACUCAGCUGAGUGGACAUGAUGGCGUCAAGAUGGAGGUACAAACAUUUUAGUCAUGGGGGCAGGGCUUAACACAGAAAAAUAAAAGGUCAGCUGAAGUCUGAUUUAAAAAGAAAAAAAAGAAAAAACAAAUCAGACAAAUUACCGAAUCAAUAAAUGUAAAGGGAUGCAUCUGUACAACCAAACUCCAUUCAGAACUCUAAGAGUUUGUCUGACUCUGUGAUGCUGACAGUAUGAAAACGAUAAAACAGGACUGUUUUACCUGUGCAGGUAAGUGCUUGGGUACAUUCCUUUAAGUUCAAUCAAACUGUCCAUCUGCCACUCAAACGACUUGUUUCUGAACAGCUGUCUAUAUAAAGUGAUUUUUUUAAUGUGAUUCAGCAGAAGACAGAUCUACCUGACCAGGUGAGACUCUUAGACCUCCAGCAAGGCACCUACAUCUUCCAGCUGACCGUCACUGACUCCAAUGACAAAUCACACUCCACCAAGGUCAAAGUGCUCGUCCUCAGCCCGGAGAACACCAGCUGUGAGUGCUCAUGGGAAAUGUAGUCUGUUUAGGAAUGACUGUUUAAACUUCUUUAAGGACAUCAUGUAAUAAUCUGCUAAAUUCUGAUUUGAUUACCAGUUCUUGAACAGUUAUUGAUAGGAAAAACAACCUUGUUAAUACAUAAACAAAAAAUUAUUAAUUGUUAAAUUACACUCUUAUUAAUUCAACCAGUAAUUGAAUAAUCAUAAACUAUUUAUAAUUGUUAUUGAGUAAAAAGUAGUCAACAUCCCUAACCCAAGUAAAAAGUCUAUGGUACAAGCAAGUUAUUUAUUAGUAACUGAUCAGUAAAAAUCUUCGUUGAUUAUCAGUAACCGGUGCUGAUCAGUUGUAAGUGUAACCGUGGUUUAUCAACAUGUAAUAACCAGUUAUUGAUCAACAUAACCCAUGUCAAACCAAUAACUGACCAGCUGUUCCCUAAUUUAAAUAACAAAUUAUUUGAAAAGUUUAUAAUCAAUUUCAAACGGUUCAUGUCUUUGAUCAUUGUUUUGAUGUGUUUUACUUUGGUUUACAAACAGUUGACUAUCAAUCAGUUAUGAGUGUAACACUGCUCAGUUCACAUGUUAUUAUCAAUAAUUGAUCAGUUGUACCCUGGUGGUAAAACAAGUCUUGGUAAUAAUACUGAUCAAUCCAACCCAGAUCAACAAAUUAAUAUUAGCCAUUGGUUAGUUUAACCGGAGUCAAUAAACGUGAUAUAACUAGUUAUUAAUGACUAUUAGAUUUUUUUAAGAUAAUUUUUUCGCUUAAUCAGUCAAACCCUGAUUGAUAACUAUGUUAUUAUUGAUUUUUGCUUCGUUAUAAGUUGGUUACUUAUGCAUAGAUAAUGAUUAAUUAUACCCUGGUUAUUAAACUGGUUAUAACUUCUGAUUGAUAAGGAAAAGAUCUGAUUUAUUGACAAGUUAUGUAUAAGUUAUUUAUCAGUAAAAUCUAGUUGAUUGGCAGGAUACAUUCAGUAAAGAUUUGUAAAAUACUUUGAAAACAAAUCACUGAAAAGUUAGUUUUGCUCUGGUUAAUUAACAGGUUAUAAUCAGUCAUUGAUUAUUCUAUUCUUGUGAUUGACUUUAUCUAUCAGGUUUUGAUCAGUUGAACUCUGGUUUUGACAAAAGUUACUCAAAGGUCAGUCACUCUCUGGUCAGUUAUCAGGUUAUAACAAGUUAUUGUUCAGUUGUACUUCUGUCUAUUUUUAGGCUUAAAUAAUUCAUCUAUAGGUUAUAACCAAUUAAAUAACAAGUUAUGAACUGUAACUGGUUUGUUGUACUUUUAAAGAUUAAUCAGUAACUUAACAGCAAUACCCUGGUUAAUUUCCUAGUUAUUGAUCAGGUAAACAAUGGUUGAUAAUCAACUGAUCAGUCUGUUUAUUAUCAGUUAAACUCAGAUCUAUCAACAGGUUAUUGAUCAGUUAAAGUUGCUUUAGAGUCCUUUGAUGUUUUUAAGAGUGAAUCAGUGUUUGUGGUUGACGAUCCACACCUUUACAGAAACAAGUCAAACUGGAUUACCCGUCUCUCACACACACACACACACACACACACACACACACACACACACACACACACACACACACACACACACACACACACACAGUGAACCUGCUCUGUGAGCCUCAGUGAUGCUUUUGUCAGUCUUACUGUCUCUCUGGUCUGAGAUCAGUUUCAGUGUAAAAAUCUGUUGAGCAACAUGAGACCGUGGGAUUCACCCACUGUAAAUACAGGAUGUUACCAUGGUAAGAGGGUUAUGACUCAGCAAAUGUAAGCCACUCUUUAAAAUAUUACAACACACAUCUCCAGCCACAAACACACACAUGUAGCUUGGGGUUAAUGUUUAAAUCCACAUACAGGUGUGUCAGCUCUUAGGACGCAAUAUGCAAGAACAAUUACAGGUAAGAGGUCACUGAUCAAUCAAUCUGUCUGACAUACUGUGUGUGUGUUUGUGUGUCUUAGUGUACUGCCGGGCUCCGGUGAAGGUGGGUCCAUGUCGUGCUUCGUUUCCUCGUUGGCAUUAUGACUCCUCCUCAGGUGAAUGUAAACAGUUUGUGUUUGGAGGCUGUAGACAAAACAACAACAACUACCUGUCCUUGAAGGAGUGUGAGACUGCCUGCAGUGGAGUCACAGGUAACCAGCACACCUGUACAGACCUGUGCAAAUACAGCACACACAGCGGAUUCCUCAUAACUGAAUGUGUUGGGUUUUUUGUUCACAGGAACGAUGGAGAGAAGCCUCACUGCUACUGGUCAGUCCCACAUUGCACCUCUGCAAAUUAGCUCUGCUACAUAAUACAAUGCUAACUUGUAUGUGUGUGUUUGUGUGUGUAUAUAUGUUUAGAGGAGUGUGGUGUGACAUGUCAACCCAGUCAGCUGACCUGCAGUAACGGUUGCUGCGUGGACCGAAGCCUUGAGUGUGACGGUGUGAAUCACUGCACGGACGCCUCAGAUGAGAUGCACUGCACCAAAUGUAACACACACACACUGUCUAAAGUACACACAUAUAUACAGAACCCCCCUCCACAAAUAGUGACCUUGCUCUUCCUCUUCUUCUCCAGUGAAUCAGACGUUCAAUCGGCUGCUGAACAUAGAUGUGAACCAAAGGAAGGGUGAGUCCCGUCUCUGAACACCUGCUAGCACAGAAUGCAAAUACUUGCAUGAUAAUAAUGUUAUUUCUCUCCCUUUCUCAGCUCGGUGCUCAGAGCCUCCCCUCACAGGGCCAUGUCGGGCAAGUUUUGCCAAAUGGUACUAUGACCCCCUGGAGAAGAAGUGCUACCGCUUCACCUAUGGAGGCUGUCAAGGAAAUGAUAACAAUUUUGAAGAGGAAGAAAAGUGCAAAGAGACCUGUGAUGGAGUGACUGGUAUUUAAAAACACACGUCUGAGUCACAUGACACACUAAGCAAAAUGUAGGAUACUGAUUUACAAACUCACAUAAACAUUUCUCAUAUGCAGCUUUCACAGACUCUGAUACAGCUACAGCCAGAGACACAAAAACCUUAAAGGGAUAUUCCAGCGUAAAAUUAAUUUAGGGUCAAACUCUCUACUCUCUACUCUCUACUUGCAGCCGCUUGUUUGUAGCAAGACCUCGGGCCAGUCCAUUAAGGACUGCAGCGGGGUGACACAGCUGAUUAUUACUUCAAGGAAAUGAUAAAGUAAUGAUCAUAAAUGUUCUUCCUUGAGCUGUAUAACCCCGCUGUGGUCCGUAAUGGACUGGCCCGAGGUCUUGCUACAAACAAGUGGAUACUGGAAGAGAGUGGGUGAGUUGUGUUUAGUCUCUUUGCUAAAGGAAGUAGGCUAAGCUAAAAAGAUGUUUGGUGGCUAGUACUAUGGAUGGGACCCUAUAUGUACUGUUGAUGAAGUUAGGUGCUGUUCUGAGCAUUAUUUGUGGCUUUAAGGUCUUUAAACACCGGGAACGACGCAAAUAUACGAUAUGAAAUUAAGAAAUAUUCAGAGGCGAAUUUUGAUGCGCCUGACUAUACACAUCAAGCUGAUGUGAUUUUGCGACUUUCCGGGGGAAAAAAGACGCGUCCCGGGUGGAAGCGAGAAGACUGACACAACAGCAGACUGAGUGUUUUUCAGUUCUGAUUAGACACUAGUGUUGAGAUGUCUGUCUGUCAUGAUAGCAUGUACUGAGUCGGGGCCAGUACCAGAUUAGUACAUUAAACUAUAAUCCAUAAACGCAAGGUAACAACCAAGACCUAAUGGUGCUGUGACAGCAAUGCGAUUUGCGACGUUUAGCAAACUGUUAAAGCACACAAAACGCCGUCAUAUGAGAAACCGACACUAUGAUUCUCCACAAGUUGUUAUCUUUGUAAUGUGUAUGUCUUUUAUCAAAAAGCACUCUGUUCUCCGACACGUAAACAAUUAGCCGGUCGGCCAUGUUGGAUAUACCAGUGAAUCUGACGUCGCAACAACACGCAAUCUGAUUGGUCAGAAGUGGACAAACAGUAUGCAAAACCUUAGAAACCUUGACUGUGCUACGAAAAAAUAAAUGCCGCAAUAUCGCAGGACAGGAAAACAUCGCUGAUGUGAACGCUUGUAUUGACAGGGUACGGGUUCAAAAACAAUAUAUUGACGUCCGAAAUAAUCGCACAAAAAAUGCUCCUGGUGGCUUUUUGGUUGAGGUUUGUUUAUGGUUCCUCAGACCGCUGUAUAUUGCUAUCUGCGGUUGUUACUAAAGUUGGUUUAACUAGAGAAGCAAGCAGUCGGCAACAUUCAUCUCUCAGAGGAGGUGUCUAACUCUGUGUUACAGUGUGUUUGACCCUAAAUUAAUUUUUACAACGGAAUAUGCCUGAAAGUCUUCCUGCCAUCAAUCACUUGCACCAUCUGCUGGUGUAAAUCAGACAGUGCAUCUAACUUUGACGUGUCAGCAUAAACUGCUCACAUUAAAUGGCAGCUCAGAAAGAAACUAUAAACGUGACUUUUUAAAUACAUGAUACAAGUUUUUCUGUAUAGAUUAAUGUGUGUGUGUGUGUGUGUGUGUGUGUGUGUGUGUGUGUGUAUGCGUGUGUCCAGAGCGCAGUGUUUUCUUCAGAGGGAUGUUUAAUCGCUAUGAAAAAGAUGAAGCAGAAGAACAAGCAGGAAGUGACUCUGGUGAGAAACUUUUAAAUCUGUUCAAAAGUUUUAUUAAAUGAAUAUAAAAAAGAUUUAAGAUACUUUAACUGAUAAUCUUUUAAAGUGCCUUAGUUUUACUGUCAAGUGAGCUGACAGGAAGUGACCUCACUUUCUUCACAGGAAACAUAGCACUUGCUGUCCUCCUGUCAGUGGCCAUCUUGGCUCUGCUGGCGAUCCUCACCUACUGUUUCCUCAAGAGGAAGAAAGAGCGUUCCCAUAGGCCCGUCCCAGCAGGCCCAGCCCAUGUGGCACUGUCAGAGCAGGACACGCUCGUUUACAACAGCACCACCAAACCUGUAUGA